UUGUUCCAUGUUCUAGAUCGGAUUACUCCGAUCAUAUCUCCAAGAUCUAUACCACCUUCAUAGGUACAAAAAGUAGAAGGACCCCCCAGUUUUUUAAAAUACCCAAAUAAGCCUUUUUCCAUAUUUUAGUAGAUCUAGUUUCAAUAUAAAAAGAAUGAAGGGGUCUCAUUACAUUCGUUAUGACAUAUGUCACAGUAUGGAAGAAAUUUGUACAGAAGUUUUGGAGCUUUUCUACUUACUCGUCAUAAUUUUUCUAUCAGUUACAAUAUUCGUUCUUGCAGCCUAUAGGUCAAGUUGCAACAGGUUUUUCUGCAAGGUUUCGCGUGGCAAAAUCCACUGUUUCUCACCUAAUGGGUACUUUCAAAAGGGAAUAUGUGGAAAUUGUGGCAUGUUGUGGUGUAAUGGUUCAUUUUGUUGUUAUGAAAACCACUCGUUUUUUGUUAGAAUCUUCUUGAGAACAUUGAAUACAGAAACGAGCAAGUGCAGAAGAUAAAAGGAGAUAUCUUCAUCAUCAACUUCUUUAAAAUGUAAUUCUUACCUUCAGAAUCAAUUUCUAAUUCGUAAAAACCACUAGUCACUUGAAAAAGCCUCUUAUUUACUCAUUUCCUUGCAACCAACUUGUACUCUCACAGAAUCGUAACAACAUGGCGUGGUAUUCUGUGCUCUCAACAUCUACCAGACGCCGAUUGCGCGUGCCUUAACGAAUCCGUUAAUUUAAAACUGUGUCAUUAACGAUUUUCUCAAUAAAACUAAUAUAGUUUUAAUCAAAUCUAUUUCGAUAAUCACAAUGAGGGAAAUAGUUCAUAUUCAAGCUGGACAAUGCGGAAAUCAAGUAGGCGCCAAGUUCUGGGAAGUUAUAUCGGACGAGCAUGGUCUCGACCCGUGUGGAAAUUACCACGGCGACUCAGAUCUGCAACUUGAGAGGGUGAACGUAUACUACCAAGAAGCAUCAGGGGGAAAUUUUGUGCCCAGAGCUAUUCUUGUGGAUUUAGAACCUGGUACUAUGGAUUCUAUCAGGGCCAGUUGCUGGGGACCUAUGUUCCGACCAGAUAAUAUGAUUUUUGGACAGAACGGAGCUGGUAAUAACUGGGCUAAGGGACAUUACUCCGAUGGUGCAGAGAUCGUGGAUGCAAUUUUGGAUGUUGUGAGAAAAGAGGCAGAGACUUGUGACUGCUUACAAGGUUUUCAAUUGGCUCAUUCAAUCGGAGGAGGUACAGGAUCAGGUUUGGGAACCUUGCUCAUAUCCAAGAUACGUGAAGAAUACCCAGAUAGAAUCCUGAACACUUUCUCCAUUUGUCCAUCUCCCAAAGUAUCCGAUACGGUCGUGGAACCUUACAAUGCCACCCUGUCAAUCCACCACCUCAUAGAAAACUCCGACGAGACUUUCUGCAUAGAUAACGAAGCCCUCUACGACAUCUGUUUCCGGACACUCAGACUCACAAGUCCGACCUACGGAGAUUUGAACCAUCUGGUAUCUUUAACGAUGUCUGGAAUCACCACCUGCUUGAGGUUUCCUGGACAGUUGAAUGCGGAUCUUCGGAAGCUUGCUGUCAAUAUGGUGCCCUUUCCUAGGCUGCAUUUUUUCAUGCCGGGUUUUGUUCCUUUGACUUCCAGGGGCUCUAUUCACUAUCGAUCUGUUACGGUGCCAGAGUUGACCCAACAGAUGUUUGAUGCUAAGAACAUGAUGACGGCGUGUGAUCCAAGAUGUGGAAGAUAUCUCACAGUGGCUGCAAUAUUCAGAGGCAGGAUGUCAAUGAAAGAAGUCGAUGAACAAAUGCUCAAUAUUCAGACCAAAAACAGUCCUUACUUUGUCGAGUGGGUGCCAAAUAACGUCAAAACGGCAGUUUGCGAUAUACCCCCAAGAGGUCUCAAGAUGUCUGCUACUUUUAUAGGAAACUCUACAGCCAUACAGAUCAUGUUUAAGAGAAUAGGGCACAGGUUUUCUGUUAUGUUUAGAAGAAAAGCUUUUUUGCAUUGGUACACCGGUGAAGGCAUGGAUGAAAUGGAGUUUACUGAAGCGGAAUCAAAUAUGGAUGAUCUUAUUACCGAGUAUCAACAGUAUCAAGAUGCUUCAGUUGAUGAAUGUGAGUGUGAGACUGAGGACGAAGGUGAAGAAGAAUAAAAACCGUGAAAAACUCUCUUGUUCGAUUGUUUUAAUUUACUUAGUUUUAUUUUUGAAAGAUUAUUUUUUUAUUGUAAGAAAAUACUUUGUUUUACUUUUUCAUCAUUUUAUUACUCUGUUAUAGUUAAAAGUUUGUUUUACGAUCCAAUUUCACUUCUAAACAAGAAU